CUAAAACUGGGCUGCUGUGCUGUGUCAAGAGCGCGAUGAUGGCUUUAGAAGAGAAGGAAACGGGAGCAGCAGCAUGGGACACCGACGCCCGGGGGGCAGCCUUCCUGAAGCGGUUCCUCACCAGGAUGGCCCGGCAGGCAGCUUUGGCAAACCAGCGGGAGCUGUACGGAGCCUGGCGCGUCUGGUUGCAUAAGUUACGCGAGGAGAGACGAACCAGGGGCGCUCGCGCGAGGCGCAGUGCAUAAACCAAAUUGUCGCGGAAACCAAGCGUCUCCGCCGCUGCUGAAUCAUGAUUCACGUACAGGCGCGGCGGGCACGCCACGACGCAAUGCUCGCGACGCUCCGCGAACACGCGCCCGGGGAGAGGGACGCCGCCGUCGUCGCCGACCUCGUCGCGUGGGCGUCCGGCGCGUUCGCCGGCGCCGACGCCUCGGCGCUGCCCGGACUCUGUCAGCACCUCGUGUGGAAAACAAAUUUCACGGCGGCUUGACGGCAUGGUGGUGCACAUCUCCCAUUGGUUGAUUUCUACACAGGCCAGCACCUGGCGGUUACCGAGCGCGCGGCCGGGGAUCUGCUGUGGCUCCAGGGAGACGUCGCCGACAAGUACUACGUGCUGCACGCGGGCUUGAUCAAGCUCUUCCGCCACUCGACGCCGAUCAUGACGCGAGAAUGCCGGGAACUAUAUGGCGAUCGACGGGCAGUCCUGCGGCGCCGACCGCACGAGCUCGCCCGCGCUGCGCGCGGCACGGUCGACGAGGCACCGGCGGUGGCGCAAGGGAUUGCAGCCACGCCGGUCGCCGGCGCUCCGGCGCCCGCGGAGGCGAGCCCGCGGCCGACGGCGGCGCCCGCGGAGGACGUGUCCGCGACCUCCGGAGUGGCGUGCUCGCCGCCGCCGGAGUGGGACACGCUCGGCGUCGCGACGUCAGCCCCGACGCCGGCGGCGUCGGCCUCACCUCACGUCGCCGAAGCGCCGGUGCCGGCGCAAAGAAUUGCCGACGCGCCGUCGCCGGCCGCCGCCGCUCCAGCGCCAGCGGAGGCGCGCCGCCCGCGGCCGGAGGCGGACCCAGAGUGGGACACGCUCGGCGUCGCGACCAAGGACGUCGUGGCCGGCACCUGUGUGGAAAUCAACCAGUGAGUUAGGUUAUCCUGACAAAUAUUGCGUGGAUCUUCGUGAGCCUCCACGCCAUCGAGCCGACGCGGUCAUGGGACACCGUCGCGUCGAUGGCGUGGAACCUCCACGCAGUCGAGCUGAUUCAAUGAAGGAGACGGCACGACGGCGUGGGGCGCCCGAAAUUUGAUUUCCACACAGGCCGGCACGGGCCUCGGCGAGGGGGCCCUGCUCCGGAGCGUCGGCGUCACUGGCGCGUCGAGCGCCGACUCGCCGUACGUCGACACGGCGGCGUGCAUCGAACCUUGCGUGGUACUUGAGGUGCGGGGCGACGACUACCGAAACGCACUCGCCGUCGAGCACCUCCGGCGAGUUGAGAUCAUGCAGACGCGAAAGUUCUUUCGGGAUCUCGGACCGUUCAAGCAUUGGCGGCCGGAGUCGUUUAUGCAGCUCGCUGAGAGGUCGACUAAACGUCAUGUCUGUGCCGGUGCAGCGGUCGCGAGGCGCGGCUUGCAGUGCGACACCAUCGCGUUCGUGGUGCAGGGCCGUGUAGAAAUCAAAUUUUGCGGGUGUUCUCGCAUACGGGUGAAUCAUAGCAUCCACGCCAUCGACACGAUGACUGUUCGAUGGCGUGGCGGUGUGGGCUUUACACCCCUCGAUUCAGUCAUCACUGCCACGUUGUCGCCGAGAAAUGACUUUGUGAAGAAUUAUCGUCCGCUCACUGGUUUAUCUCCACACAGGUGCAGGGCGAGCUCAAGCUCGAGGGCGCCGUCGCCGUCGGUAGUCGGAGGGAACGCGUCGAUCUGCUGCGGCUCGGGCCCGGCUCCAUGCUCGGCGACGUCGAGAUCGCAGAGGGUCUGACCCAUUUCCUCGCGACGGCGACGACGACUCGGCGGAGCAUGUUGCUCGAAGUCCCGCGAUCGUUUUUUGAGGCAAUGCUCGAGCUCAACGACGGCGCGAAACAACGGGAAAACUUCGAGCGCAUCGUAAAUGCCCGGCGCGACGUCCAGGCGAAAGCGGCACUCGAUGCCCUUGUUAGAUCUGGCGCCGCGAAGAAGGGGGGUGCCCCGCCGCCUGCCUACGGGCGCAUCUGCGACGAGUUUGAGGCCGCGCUGGAACGGCGCGUCGCGAAUGCAUUGGAGACCUCGUGGGCCCGCUCGCCUCCCAAGGCCGCUGCGGCUGUGGAGGACGCGCUUGCGCGGCGCCCCGCUCGGCGCGACAGUGGCGCGUCGCGUGUGGGCGUCGUGAAGGGGCUGGAACGCGCGUCUAGAACGUCAACGGAACAAGGGUCAGAGACGAGGGAGAUCGAAGACGACGAAGGGGCCUACAGGGACGCGCUCGCCGUCACGAUGAGCGCACUACGCACCGACUCAAUCCGAGAUGCGAGGCGGACGGCGCCGCGGCGCCGCCGAGGCGCCGCGCCGACGACACCGGCCGACCUGAUCGGCAAACCGAGCAUCGUCGACACGCCUGACGUCCACGCAGCUCAUCGGGCGCUUACGGAAUUGUCGGCCAUCACGGACCGACAGCGCAGAGCGCUCCCCAGCGACACCCUCCUCCGGAUGACGAGAGAAAUCCUCACGCCAGACAUGAAUGCCCUGAUGAAGUCCAAGCGGCGGCGGCGACCGGGCGACUUUACUUAAACUUGAAA